AUGGAAAUUGAGGUUGUGAAAUGCGAGUGUUGUGGGCUAAAGGAAGAGUGCACACAAGGGUAUAUAAAGGAGGUGAGUAGGAAAUUCGAGGGCAAAUGGCUGUGCGGCCUGUGCUCGGAAGCCGUGAGGGACGAAGCCAGCCGUGGCAAAAAACAGUCGUCUGAGGCUGUGCGCGCCCACAUGUCCUUCUGCCGCAAAUACAGCUCAAAUAGUAACCCGGCCAUUCGGGUGGCCGACGGCAUGAUGCAGAUGCUGAGGCGGAGGACAGCAGCAGCCGACGGUAGCCCCACCGCCACGUCAUCACCCAAGAGGUAUUCCGGCACUUAA